AUGUCUCAGGACAUAUUUCUCGAGAAAUUACUUGGGGAAGUCGAAAGGGGGGUUCAGGAUGGGCAACCGCCUUUGUCUUCGGACUCUCAAGGUGAUUCUGUUGAAACCCCUUCGUCAGCAGAAAAGGUACAGUUGAAUCUACCUCGUCAAAGAAUGGCCAAGUUUGAGUUUCCUUUCAACGACGACGAAGAAGAAUACACGAGUGAUGAGGAGGAGGGCGACAAGUAUGCUUCUCAUUCGCUACUAGUUCGCCUGGCGUGGAUCAUAUAUGCCAUUUUGCCGAUAGUGGCUAUCAUCGCCUUUUUGAUAACAUACUAUUCACCUUCUGUCCUGACUUUGUUCAGUUUCAAUGACCGCACUAGCAAUCGAUAUUACCCCGAUCUCCCGUCGGGAUACAAAAGUGAGUCAGGAAGCUACGACGACUACAACAUUGAGUUUUACGACUUGCAACAGGUUGCUUCAUCUUCCCCUGACGGAUGGAAUCACCAGGAAAGAGUUCUUUUCUGUGUUCCCUUGAGAGAUGCGGCUCCACACCUAUCAAUGUUUUUUGGCCACAUGAGAAACUUGACGUACCCACACAACCUUAUAGACCUUGCAUUCUUGAUCUCUGACACUUCCGAUUCGACCAUCAAAGAUCUGAAAAGAGAACUGAAAAAAAUUCAGUCCGAUAAAGACCCCUGGAUGCAUUUCGGCAGAAUUAAUAUCUACGAAAAAGACUUUGGACAAAUCAUUGGCCAAUCAUUUUCCGACCGUCAUGGAUUCCAAGCCCAAGGUCCUCGACGUAAGCUGAUGGCGAUUGCCAGAAACUGGCUAUUGGCCACUGCUUUGCGUCCUGAUCACUCUUGGGUCUACUGGAGGGACGCAGACGUUGAAACCGUGCCGCCCACUAUCAUUGAGGAUCUGAUGCAUCACGACAAGGAUGUGAUCGUCCCAAACAUUUGGCGUCCAUUGCCUGAUUGGUUGGGCUAUGAACAGCCUUAUGACUUGAAUUCCUGGCAGGAAAGUGAAGGAGGAAUCGAGCUGGCAGACAAACUGGACGAAGAUGCCGUGAUUGUGGAAGGAUAUCCUGAAUAUGCAACCUGGAGGACACAUUUGGCAUACUUAAGGGACCCCUAUGGAGAUCCCGAGGUUGAGAUGGAGCUUGAUGGAAUCGGGGGAGUCUCCAUUCUGAGCAAGGCUCAUGUUUUUCGCAGCGGUGCCAUGUUUCCUGCUUUCUCAUAUCUCAAGCAUGCAGAGACUGAGGGUUUUGGAAAACUAUGCCGUACAAUGAACUUCUCUGUCAUAGGUUUGCCUCACUACACAAUCUGGCAUAUUUAUGAGCCUUCGUCCGAUGACAUCCAACACAUGAAAUGGAUGGCCGAGGAGGAGACCAAUAGACUCGAGAAAGCAAGGAUACAAAGGCUAUAUGACAAGAUCUGGAUGAAAGCCUUUGAAGAGGUGAAUUCCGAAUGGAAUGGCUUGAAAUUCAAUGUUUUCAAGAACACUGACGUUAGAAGGGACGUCAGCAUUGACUGGAGCGAAGUGGACGAAUACUUACAAGACGUUGAUGAGGAAGGGCUCGAAGAGGGCGACGAGAAUGUCAACAGAAAUUUCGGAGUUGAAGACAUGAGCACGAAUGUAGAAUCUGCUUUGCUCGAAAAAUUGAAGAAUAAGAAACUUCGUCAAGAAGACGAAACCCACAAGGAGGAGCUCUUUGGUCAUUUCCCAUUGAAUCCGUACGUCAGCGGUAAGAAUGGAAAGAACUACAGGUUUGUUAAGUUCAAGAAGACGAACGACCACGACAUCAUCAAUUCGAACGUUAAUGAUGAGCUCAAGCACAAACAGGAACAAGAAAUGAAGGAGGAUUUGAUGAAAGAAUUGAGAGAAGAACAACUAUAUCUAAAGCAAGAUAGUCAGGAAGCUGAUAAGGUAGCGGAGGGACAAGAAGUUGAAGCCGGGGUGGACCGCAAAAAUUUAGAGGGCCUAUACAACAAUAAGCUAGGCGAAAACGACAAGAAGCUACAUGUUAUGGAAAAGCCCUACAAGGAUAGCGAAAAGCAACAGGAGGAUGACGAACUGCAUCGUUUACGUGCACUCGCAGAAGCUAAGAAAGCAAGGAAACUGGCCAGGAUGAAGGCAGCGCAGGAAGAGAAAAACAGAGUCAAUCAAAUUGCCGUUCAGAAAGAGAUGGAGAGACGGCGACAGAUGGGAUUAGUUCAAGAAUAA